AUGGAACCCAAUUCAAUAGAACCAAUAAAUAAUAGUGACAAUAGUAAUAAUAGCAAUAACGAUAAUAAAUCAUUUGAUGAUAAUGAAAGUAGUCAUGGUAUUAGAAUAAAUAAUUUAAUAAUAAAUAAAGAAAUAAUUGAAAAAAAAUUAAAUUAUGUUCAAAAAAAUAUUUAUGAAGAAAAAUAUAACAAUGAAAUAAAUAAUAAUUUAAAUUCAAUAGAUAUGGUAAAUAGAUUUUUUACUCAGUUUUAUAAGAGCUUACAAGAUUUCCAAAAAGAUAUUAUAGAAAAGAUUCAAUCAAUUCACCUUGUAAAUAUAACAAACCAACAAGAACUUUUAGAAGAUGGAGCAUUUAUUGAAAGAUUGAAAACCAAGUACCCAGAAUAUUCAAUGUAUCUUCUUAAUGGUGGUGGUAAUAUAAAUACUCAACCAGAUUCCGAAACUAUUGAACCAGCUUCAAAACCAUCAAUUACUCCAGGUCUUGCAGGUUUAGAGCCAUCCAAUGUUCCAAUCUUUUCUGAAGAAGAAAAGAAAUACGAUGAUCAUAAGCCAACUGUAGAGCCAAUAGAUCAAUGCACAGCAACUCCAAAUAGUGAUCCAUCUUUCCCUGUUGAUAUGUUUUUAAACAAUAGUUCGAAAUUAUUAGAAUUAGUUUCAGAUGGUGCUGCUAUUGAUACUUUUCUCCAAAACAACAGUAAGAAGACUGUUAUUUCAUCUUUUUUACGUUUUAAUCCACAAAUGAUUAGCUUGGCUCAGGAAUAUAUUGAAAAGAUGUUUCUCUUUGGAAAGAAUAAAGAUUUUAUAAACUAUACAAAUUAUUUUAGAGGUGCAGAAAAAGAGCUUACAAAUACUCAAACCUUAGCAGAAUUAUUUGACAAUAUUCACUCUAUCAAAAAAGACGUUAGCCAGGAUGAAUCCGAUAAUAUCCAAGUUUCAGGGGAUAUCAAUAAUGGUGACUGUAGUACCGCCAGUGAGAGCUCUCAAAGUGGCGAAGAAAAUGAACAAACAAAUAGCCUUGCACUUAGUAGUAAAAAGAAGACAAAGAAAUUAAAGAAAUUAUCUGCUGUAGUAUCACCACAUAGAACCAACUAUGAUAUUAUUGAAAGGGUUUAUGCACUUGAAAAACAACUUAAACCAAAUAGAGAUUUCACUUACUCUUUAAAUGGUAUCGAAACCAUCUCGAUUCAUGACGACCAUUUACAAUGUGGGACCAUCCGUUCGUUUUCACUCGAAAGCUUUUAUGAAUAUAUAGAAGGGUUUUGUCCAAUGUAUGUCUUACAGCUCACUCACUAUUAUAUUAAAAAAGAAAUUGAUAGGACCACAAUGCUCAAAUUUAUAAACUAUCUCUUUGAUGACUCAUCAGUCAGUGCUAAUUGGUAUUGUCAAAAACUAGAUAUAAAUGGAAUAAACCCACCAAACUCAUCGCCACGAACCCACCCUCCUCAACAAACACAAUCAAUUUUCAAUUUACCAAAUGACCCAAUAUCCAAUGUUUAUUUAAGGAUGCAAUUACCAUACCUUGAGCCAUUAGAAGUGCUCUUAAGUCAAAUUCUUACAUUUGGUUCUCAUAUCAGAUACUACAAGAAAUUGGGCUAUCUCCAUGAAACUAGAAAAGGAUAUGGGUUAGAUAUUAAAGGGGCAAUGUAUUUUGACGACUCUUUAGAAAUAAGAACAAGACGUCUCCUUAAUGAACUUAAAACCGUAACUCAUAUAGAUAUCUCCACCGAUUUUCGUUGCACCAAUAGAACAUAUCAUUAUAGCUAUAUCAUCGGUGAUGGUAAAACAUUCAUAGACUUUAACAAUAGAGGUAUGGUACCAUAUUGUUAUAAAUUAGCAUACGAAUUUGACAACUAUGUUGGAGGUCGAUACUCAAAUGAAUCUGCAAUUGCUGCAACUAAUGACAAAUUCAGAAAGGUCUACGCAACAUUCAUUGAAAAUAUUACUCAAUCAAAUAUUUCAAUUAAACUUGGUAAAUUUGUACUUAAUAUUUAUGCAGGAGAACUCAUUCACAACAAACACUUAAUCAAUUUUAGCAUUGGAGAAUAUUAUAGAUCAAUGGAUAAAUCAAUUAAAUUUACGUCCAAAGUAGAGCAAAAGACCCAUUCUCUUUUUUCCUUCUUAAUUACCCCUAUUUUUUAUUUUGUUUAUUAUUUCCCACAAAGAUUUUUAAAUAUUAAAAAUAUUAGUAACUAUAACUAUAAUAACUAUAAUAAUUAUAAUAACUAUAAUAAUAAUAACUAUAACUAUAAUUAA